GAGUCACAGUACGGGUCUGGGUCUCUGAGGCUCUCAGGUUCACCGUGUUGCUUAAUUAGGACAUCCCGGAAGAGUGCGACCGGAGCUCCUGCUGCUGGUGCUGCUGCUGCUGCUGCUGCUGCUGCGCACAGCCGAGAGGGGAGGACGCACUGGACCGCAUGGUGAAGGCGCACAACCCAGAACAAACCGGACGGAAAUACUAACAAACCCAACUCAAGACGACGGCAGAAACUUACUGAGGAGCAAAGGAGGGAGGAUUGUCACAAUGGAGGAUUUAAUGCAGCGGUUGGAGCGGGCUGUGACUCGCAUGGAGCAAAUAUCCAUCACGAUGCAGGCGUCCAGCAACAUGCUGAAUGGGAACUGUGUCAACGGUGUGGAUGGAGGUCAGAGUGUGGAGGUCUUCGACGUUCUACUGAGAGGUCCAGUGUCAGAUUAUCUGACCUGCAGCAGAGCUAUAGGAAAUGAAGUGGAGAAACAUGCCGAGAUGGUGAAUGAGGCGCUGCAGACUCAGAAAACGUUUCUUCAGAUGGCUUCCACGCACCAGGAACCAGCACAGAUGGAGCUCCAAGACCUCCUGAAGCCAAUUUCCGAUCACAUCCAGGAGAUCCAGAACUUCAGGGAGCGAAACCGAGGCAGCUCGCUCUUCAACCACCUGUCGGCCGUCAGCGAGAGCAUUCCCGCCCUGGGCUGGGUGGCAGUGAGUCAGAAACCAGGUCCGUACGUGAAGGAAAUGAACGAUGCAGCCACCUUCUACACCAACAGAGUGCUAAAGGACUACAAGGAAACCGACAGACGUCAUGUGGACUGGGUACACGCCUACCUGUCAAUCUGGACUGAGAUGCAGUCCUUCAUCAAGCAGCACCACACCACAGGACUGGUGUGGAGCAAGACUGGUCCCAUUGCUCCUGUGUCUCUCUUAGACUCGUCUCCUCCGCCCAGUGCUCCCUGUCCGCCGCCUCCUCCACCUGGCCCUCCUCCGGUCUUCACUGAUGAUGACGCCAAGCCUCAAACAGGCAGUGCAACACCUCAGCACUCAGCUUUGUUUGCCCAGCUCAACCAGGGCAUGGACAUCACUAAAGGUCUGAAGCACAUCUCAGAUGAGCAGAAGACUCAUAAGAACCCCAACCUUCGUUCUCAAGCGUCACCGAUUAAAAGCAAAGAUCCCCAGCAUGAGAACGCUCCCAAAGCAGCAGCCCAGAAAAGACUCCCUCUGCUGGAGCUGGAGGGGAAAAAGUGGAGGGUGGAAAACUUUGAGCAGAAACACGACUUGGUGAUUGAGGAGACAGAGUUGAAACAGGUGGUGUACGUCUUUGGCUGCAACAACUCCACCCUGCAGGUCAAAGGCAAAAUUAACUCCAUCAUCGUAGAUAAUUGUAAAAAGCUUGGUCUGGUUUUUGAGAAUGCUGUUGGGAUAGUAGAGAUCAUCAACUCUAGAAGCAUUCAGCUGCAGGUGUUGGGAGUUGUUCCUACUAUUUCUAUCAACAAGACCGAGGGCUGCCAGGUUUACCUGAGCAAAGCCGCGCUGAACUGUGACAUCGUCAGUGCCAAGAGCUCUGAGAUGAACGUCCUGAUCCCGGCGGGAGACGAUGACUAUAGGGAGUUUCCCGUCCCGGAACAGUUCAAGACCGUUUGGGACGGCUCCAAGCUGGUGACAGAACCCACUGAGAUUGCAGGAUGAGAUGCAUGUCAGGAAUCCCUUUUGAAUGCGUUCACACCCCCUUGAAUGUUUUCACCUUUUGUAACGUUACAAACACAACCUUCAUUGUAUUUCAUUAGGGUUUAGGGAGACAGACCAACAAAAAGUAGUGUGUAACUGUGAAUUGGAAGGAUAAUCAUACUUUUAUACAUGCUCACAAAUUCACCAUAUAUGCAGGAUACCUGUGUAUCCAGUAGCCUUUAACGCCAAUAAGUAAAAUUUAGUGCAAAUAAUUGCAUUCAUAACUCAUAUAACUAAAAAAUAAAGUUUAUCUGUGCAUAAUAGAAACUCGGUAUAAAGUCCAGGCAGUUCAAAGAGCAUCGUGAAGGCAAAUGAGCACAACUGACCAGUCACUGAUAAGGUUUUAAGGCAGGUCUGAAACAUGGUGGUGGCUGCAUCAUGCUGUGGGGAUGAUUCCCUCCAGCAGGGACAGAUAAGGGUUUAUAGAAAAACGAAUAAAGCUAAAUGGUGGAAGUUCACUUUUCUGCAGAAUAACAAUGCUAAACAUACAAUGGGAUUUCUCUUAAAAAUUGUUCUCCUUAAUUUUACUUUUUAAGUAAAGAGUUAUGUGUAUAAAGUAUGACAAAAGAAAGGAGGUAAGAUUAAAUAAGUCUAUACUUCUCCUUUAUGCUCCUUUUCAAAUAGCUCUCAAAAAUGCAUAUUAAGGUAUUUGAACUGUGAAUGAGAAUAUAUUUGAAAUAAAUAAACAAACAUCCAUCUCUACAGUAUAAUGGUUUAUGUGUUAAAAUGGCAUAGUCAAAGUUCAGACCUAAUCUAGUUGAGAAUUUCUGGAGAUAUUUGAACAAUGUCUUUCACAGAGGCUCAAAAUGUGCAAAGGUGGUAGAGACUCACCCCAGUAGACUGGCAGACGAAACAUUUUAAAAUGUUUAUUCAGUUAAAACAAAAAGGUAAAACAUGCAUAAUUAUGCAUUUCUUUAUGUGCUGGACUCUCACAAAACCCUAACGAAAUAUAUUAAACUUCAAGGUAUUCACAACAUUUGGAAGAGGUAUGAACACUUUAGCAGGGUGCAAGAUACAAAAGGGAUGUAAUAGAUAGUGACUGAUAGGUUAACCUCUAUAACUGUAUUUGUGACGUUAUAAAUUUGGCUUUUUUUUUGGCACUUUUCAGCUGUUAAAUCUCCCCACCCCCACAGGUUGAUCAGAUUACACUGAAACAAACCUAGAACCCAUCUGUUACAUGUCUGUGCCAUAGCAAUAAAGGCAUUUAUAUGAGACCAUGUAGCUACUGAAAAUUAUAUCUUUAAAUAUAAGACUAACAUUUUAUACUUUCUCUGUUCUGGAUUGUUUAUUCCUAUUUUAGCAUCUAUUUCAGUUAUGAGGUUUUUGUAUUUAUAGCUGCUGUAAUCAGUACAAGAAUUGAGCUCAGAUGUGCUGCUUUGCACUACAAUUAUGCCAUUUGUCUGUAGUAUAAUUUAGCACUCGUUGUGUAUUUGUACAUCACUUUAAUUUGUAAUAAAAUUAAGCACAGAGCACUAGCAUAAGACAGAUAGAAAUAUACAUGAAACUAAUGUUUAAUUUACAAUAAAUUUAUGUAAUGCUUGUCAUUUUUCAAAUAAAGAAAAUAUCUCUCA